ACUGAUGACUGCUCCCAGCCUACCGACCGCCGUGAUUGGCUAGUGGGCUGGGACAAGGUCGGGGGAAGGUACUGACUGUGCGACAGAGGACGAGGUCGGCGGAAGGUCCUGAAUCGGUGUGACAGGUGCUUUACAAGCUUGUAGUCUGUGGCAAAUAUGGUGAAGUGUAGAAGAUUUAUUUUCGCGCGCCACUUUGAUGGGCUGCCGAAGGAGUCGGACUUUCAGCUGGUGGAAGAGGAGACGCCAGAGCUGAAAGAUGGCGGUAAGGUUGGGUAUGAACUUAGGGUAAGUGAGAGGAGAUGUGUGGUUGGAGAAAUCCUGGCUGAGUCAAUCUUUUGCAGCGUCGACCCGUACAUGUGUUUCGUGCCGUGCUGGUGCACCCAUGCCGUGCUGGACACCAAAAACAAGGAUCCUCAGAACGUCAUCAGGAAGGCCCCGGCAGACUACCCGAAGGACCUGCCGCUGUCUCUCCUGCUGGGAGCCGUCGGGAUGCCUGGCAUGACGGCAUACUUUGGCCUGUUGAAGUGUUUGGAACUAAAGCAACAGGAAACGGUCUUUGUGAACGCAGCCGCAGGUGCUGUAGGGAGUGUUGUAGGACAAAUAGCUAAAAUUAAGGGCUGCAAGGCGGUUGGCUCAGCCGGAAGUGACGCGAAGGUGGCCUGGCUGAAGGAAAUCGGCUUUGACGCCGCCUUCAACUACAAAACUGUGUCGUCAUUGGACGCUGCUCUGAAGGAAGCAGCACCCAAUGGGAUUGACUGUUACUUUGACAAUGUGGGAGGAGAUUUUACCACCGCCGUGCUGAACCACAUGAACCAGUCCGGACGUGUGGCCAUUGUAGGCGGCAUCUCAACUUACAACGACAAGGACACUGCCGGCAAGGGGCCCUACCCAUAUAAGGUAAUCCAGGGUAAGGAGCUGACGGUGAGGGGAUUUAUCGUUCGUCGUUGGCUGGACCAAUGGCCGCAGGGGAAGGAUCAGAUGAUGCAAUGGAUCAAAGAGGGAAAGAUCAAGUACAGGGAACACGUGACCGAAGGUUUUGAAAACAUGCCCAAAGCUUUCAUCGGCAUGCUUGUGGGAGAGAACACCGGCAAGGCUGUCGUCAAGCUCUGAGGA